CAGACAGACGGAUGUGUUUAUAGACUUGCUACAAGUCGACCUCACAACAUGGCACUGAUUUAUAUCUGGAUAGCGAUGGCUGUUUUAUUGCAAAUAGUCGCAGGUUAGUUAUGAAAGGAAAUACUUAUGAAAACAUGCUUGUGUAAAUUAUUUUGCUAUCCUGGCAUUCAUGCUAGCUGUGGACCAGUAGGACUACUUGGAGCGUUAAACCAUUGCGGGUUACACCAUCGCCCUGUAACUAUCGAUUUAUUCACGCGGUUCUCGUUUCUUUCGAACGAAUAGGCCACGGUGACCUACCGAAGCUUCACCUUUCGAAACAAAACGUUGUUCGUUUAUAAAGAAAUUAAAAUGAACAAAAUGAAAAAACUCAGAAAAAUGGAGAAAGGAAAAUACGGGCCGAUAGACUUCAUUAUUUGGAUGAAUACACCUUUUGAAGCAUAAUGCGAUGGAGAAGACUUCGGCCCUUGUAAAAAUGGCUGGUAGUGCAGAAACUUAAUUUAGAAAGCGAUCACGACUUUUCGGUCCUUCUGUGGGUACCGAGGCACCGAUUACGAACAACACCCGGGGGGGGUACUCACAGAAAAAUUGGGUAGGGGUGUGCGGCCCGCUUCCCAAAACCCUUACCCUAUUUAUGACCAAAAUCUGCGAUUUUCCCUACCCUAUUUAUGACCUAACCAAAAAUUUGAUACCCUAUUUUGUGAAGGGCUUUUGUUGCUAGUAUUUUCUAGCCUACAAAGUAGCCGGUGGAGAGGAAGACAAAGCGCGGAUGGAAGGAGGGAGACAUGAGAAGGAAGUAGCUUCUUCUAAAAAAGUGCAUUCAAGACUACAGUGCAAAAAUCGUUACCCUAUUUAUGACCAAAAUGGCGGCAAAAUAGCAAAAGCGAUACCCAAUUUAUGACCAAAACGGCUGAAAAACCCUACCCUUUGGGGCCGCACAUACCUAUAUAGCCCAUAUUAGGGAGUACCCCCCCCCCCGGGGAACAACAAAAGAAACAAUACAACCAAACAAUAAAGUCCCCAGGAGAAAUCCAUUGUUCGGUUCCUUUGAUUCUUUUGUGAUGCGUUACCUGCAGAAAGACCCGACUUUUCUGUUUCCUUGGCUAAUGACUUCUCCUAAUUUCAGCUGCAAUAACGAGCAAUAGCUACAAACAGAUCCUGUUUUGAUUCUGACACUGACUUGUCACUUUCAAUGAUUCACACCAUUGUCAAUGCAAUGUUUGUGAAUUUCUCAGUUGCUACGAUGACUUCUAAUGUCAUAUGCUAGCCUUUCUAAUUUAAAAACGAGAAAUCCAAAGACUACAGCAAAGCUGAUCAGAACAACGUGUAUUGUUUUCUCAUAACAAUAUUUCGGCUGCUGGCCAUACCAGCCUUCUUCAGGUUUACAGAUGUCACUGUUGUUACUUAUCAACAGCUGUAUCAAUAUUAUUGUGAUUCCUAUCAUAAGUUCAGUGACAUCUGUAAAGGCUGGUAUGGCCAGCCGAAAUAUUGUUAUGAAAAAACAAUACACGUUGUUCUGAUCAGCUUUGCAGUAGUCUUAGGACUUCUUGUUUUUGGUUCUUAAUAUUUUGGCUGAUUCGGAUCUCUUUUCUAGAGGUCCAACGUUUUUAAAUUAGCAGGAUCUUCGUCCACUGUUUUUGCGGUUAAUUCAAUUCGUUUCUGAUUUAGCCGCGAAGUCGCGAGGAGCCGAGGCUCACUUCGCUUGCCCAAAUAGGAGAUCUUGCUCGCAGGCUAAAGUCCCCAGGCCUUAGUCACGUAAGGAUAUCCAAAUUCGGGCGGAGUAUCCCCUCAUAGGCCAUUAUAGGGAGUAGCACCACCACCCCCCCACGGCCGGGUACUAGAGUACUGUCAUCAAAACCAGACUGUUACAUGGCAGAAUGGGAACAGUGGACAUAAAUAUGAUCUCUUUCAUCAAAAUGCACGAAUUUUGCCAGUUGUUUGCAAUCCGUGUUUAUUCCAAGAGUAAACAAAUUAAGUUUCUUCAAAAUGCCUUUCUAGGUUCUAUUCAAGGGGACAUUGAUUAUUUGGCUUCCAACAUGGAGGUACGAUAUGAUGUCCUUGAUAAUUUGGCGUCUGAGUUAACUUUUCUGUCGCAAAUAACCCUAACGAACAAAGGACAAGUCCCCAUCAAGCACGGCGACUGGGUCGUGUACUUCUGUAAUAUCAGACUCAUGGAAUCGAAGCAUCUGAAGCAUAACCCCGCAGGAUACGUUAUCCCUGGAAAUUAUGGAAUCCGUUUGACCCACAUCAAUGGCUGCCUCCACAAGUUUGAAACCACUAGUGAUUUCAAAGACAUUGCUGCUGGUGCUUCUUUGACGUUUAAGUUCAAGGCUGAUCAUUUUUCCGUUGCUCGAACUGACAUCAUGCCAAGGUGGUACGUCACGGCAAAAGGGUUAAGCCCGCGAGUCAUAAACAAUACUGAUGAUGAACAGCUUACAUUUGUAGGAAAUUUUGACACCAAAGAAAAAUGGAAGCGUUCUGUCGAAGAUUCGUACAAUCCAUACACUCCUGAGGAUCGCUACGCCAAAUACUUUAUGUCAGAUUUAGAGACAGCGGCAACUAAAGUCAUUCCCACCCCAGUGGAUAUGAACAUUGAUACACAGUAUCACGUGGUUGUUACGUCAGAUUGGUUAAUAAACGUUGAGGCUGGACUAGAUAAAGAAGCUGCUCUCCUGAAAGGUAUUAUAAAGAAAUACCGUAAAUUCCGAAAAUAAGCCCCUCCAUGGAUACGCCCCUCCAAAUAUAAGCCCCCCAAAAUCGUAACGCAAAAAACCCUCCGGGGGGCUUGUACUUGGAAAUUGCCCUCGAAUACAAAGUAAAACAAAGCAAACAUCGUAAAUUGCCUUCCUACUACAAGCUAGCCCAAUCCAUUUUGAAACGCCAAUUUCCCUCUGUAGAUAAGCCCCUCCGAAUAUAAGCCCCUCCAAAAAUAAGCCCCUCAAAAAGAGCCUUUGAAAAAUAAAAGCCCCUGGGCUUAUUUUCGGAAGUUUACGGUAAUCAUUUUUUGAAAAAGUUAUCACGUUCUUUAUCACAUCCAUUCCCAAAAGACCUUUCCUAGAGAAAGCGUUGCAAAUGCACUGAUUAUCUUGCAAAUUGUCUCAAAAAUGCAGUGACACGCACAGCUCACACACAGAAAAACUGAAACGGCAUUGGAGUGUGCCUUCACCUGAGUAUGAGGGCAAACUUGCUCUGACAGUAUUGUUAGAGAAGGCCCAUUGGCGCAAAAGAAGGUCGCGGCUUUGAAAAGUGACAGCAGGCCGGAUGACACGGGGAAAACAGUUCUCUCAAAGGUUCAUAGCAUUUUAAAAAUGAAUAAGAUAGCCGAAAAAGCGGUAGGUCUGGGCUAAACGUGCUUCGUCUUCCUGAACUUGCUUGCUGUCAAAAGGCUACCUUUUGUGACGGGUGACUCAGCUGUUUUAGGCAAGACAAAUAAUUUUUACGAAACAUGUGGAGUAUUUUUUUCAUUUUAAAACAGACAAACUUGGGAUUACAGUAACCUCGACACCACAAAAAAAUAAAGUAAUCAAGCUCGUGAUGGGCGACGUUUCUGUGCCUGGCAAGAGCGGUCAGCAGUUUCCAAGUGCGCAUGAGUCGUACAGCCUUGAAGUUGACGCUGACAAGAAUGCCAUCACCAUCACAGGUCAGUCUCUACCCAUGAUCCACUCUGAAAAAAUAAAAAGUCACUCUUUCUGGCGUGUUCCUUGUUGAUUUUUAAGCCCGCAGAAAAACACUAUCUCACAUUAAACUUCUAAUGUUCUAUGGAAGUUUGAUCAGAUUGCCAGUGUCAAGGAUACGCAGAAUUUAAAUUAAAAAGAGCCUUCCUAUAUUGUGGUAUCGAUCUAAAAUCCGUUAAUGUGCGUUUACUGAAACAGUUCAGCGAUUGAGUUGCAAUAGUGAUUGAUCACCCAAACUGUGUUGUGCAUGCGUGCUUUGCACAAAUUUUGACUAAGGUCACUCAUCAGAUUAUGCGUCGAACAUCAUUUUAUUGUUACACAUCUUUUAUCGCUCUUUACUUCUAAAAAUGUGUUCAAUUUUAACCCCAGGUAAGGGCCCUUCAGGUGUAUUCUAUGGAGUGCAGACGCUUCUUGGAAUAAGGACCUCCGAAGGCAAAGUCCCCAAACUGAUAAUCAGGGACACUCCGAGGUAUGGAUACCGAGGAAUGCACCUUGAUGUGGCACGCAACUUUGUCCCUAAGGACCAAGUCCUCAAGUUGAUUGACGUCAUGGCAAUGUACAAGUUAAACAAGUUUCACUUUCACCUCACUGAUGACGAAGGCUGGAGACUGGAGAUUCCCGGGUUACCGGAACUUACUGAGGUAAAUUAAAAUAACAUGACAUAAAGGAACGACAUGUCGUUUAAAGGGUGGAAGGUUGGGAUUAUUAUACGUGUUUGGGAAACUGCGCACCUAACCCUAAGCCAACAUUUUGCCCUCCGGAGGUUUUGCUGCGAAGUGCAGCACUGUUAAGGCCUGUUUCAAACGUCGUGCUACUGCCGCGCUAAGCUGGCUCGACUGUAGCUCGACUGCAGCACGACACUAGCACGACUUGGUUUCAGACGUCGAAUUUAAUUCAGUCGAAUAGAACGGCUGUUGCCGAAAACAAAACAUAGUAAUAAAGAAACGGUUCAGCAAACUUUUAAAUGUAUUCUAAUGCAUUUGUAAUUUAUGAAUUGAGUUCGGCACGGGAGUAGCACGAACGUUUGAAACGGGCCUAACUCUGACCAAGCGGACAAUUAAUUUCAAACAAAAGGAAGCACACACAUGUGUACGGCAUAUUGUGUACACUAAGUUCUCGUUUAUCAUUAUUCUUUUUUUUUCAGGUUGGCAGUAAACGCUGUUUUGAUCUAGAAGACGGGCAGUGCCUACUAUCACAGCUUGGCUCGGGCCCAGACUCCACCAGUUCGGGGUCAGGAAGUUACUCGGUCAAUGACUAUAAGGAAAUUCUCCGCUAUGCAAAUGAGCGCCACGUACAAGUCAUACCUGAAUUUGACAUGCCGGGGCAUGGGAAUGCCGCUAUUAAAUCUAUGCUCGCACGAUACAACAAAUUACUAGCUCAGGGAGAUAAGCCUGGAGCAGAAAGGUAUUUGUUAAAUGAAAUCAACGACACAUCUCAAUAUUUAUCCAUUCAAUACUAUACCGAUAACGCCAUAAAUCCUUGCAUGGAAUCCACCUACACUUUUGUUGAACACGUGGUCAAGUCUGUCGUGAACUUGCAUAACGAUUCACAACCGCUGACCAUAUUCCAUUUUGGUGGAGACGAAGUUGCUCAUGGCGCUUGGAUGAACUCCACCGCGUGUAAUAAUCUCGUGCAGAGACUGGGACUGAAUAGCUCCGUAGGGAAAAUUGCUGACCAGCUGAAAGAUUAUUUUGUUCAGCGUAUCUCUAAUAUCACAGCCAAUUACAGCCUCGAUCUCGCUGGAUGGGAAGAUGGCCUUAUGGAUGUCAAAAGUGCUCCGUAUGAUAGAAAGUUAAUGGCGAACAGGGAAGUCUAUGGAUAUGCUUGGAACAAUAUCUGGGAAUGGGGUGGCGGUAAAAGAGCCUAUGCACUAGCAAACGCUGGUUAUAAGGUACGGUCCAAACAUUAUCUUUUCUUCAAACGCGCCAUACCCCACUUACUAUACCCAAACCUAUUUUAAUAGCAUCGUAUCAUUUCCAAGUAAGAAAUAAGUAAGCAAAACAAGCAAGAUUGCCUACAAGACUUGAAAAACCCUGGAAGCGAGUUACCAGUCCUGCUCUGCUCUGCAAGCAAGGUUUUAAGCAAUGCGGAGGACCCAUUUAAUCCCAUUUAUUAAAAUAAAAAAAGCAAUUAACAUACAAACAGCUCUUCCCAUAACAUGAUAUUUUCCUAAUUUCACAGGUAGUCAUGGCCCAGGCCACUCAUUUGUAUUUUGAUCACCCGUACGAACCUGACCCCGAGGAGCGUGGAUUUUACUGGGCCACUCGGUUCACGGACACUCCAAAAGUAUUUGGUUUUAUGCCAGAUGAUUUGUAUGCAAAUAUUAAGGUAAAACGCACCGGAGCCCCGCUAACCAGAGAAGAGUUCUGCAAAACUCAAGACGUCUGUCCUCAUUUAAUGCACAAGGCAAAUGUUGUAGGUAUGGCUUUCUUAAAAAAUUCUGUCUGCCAAUGGGCCUAUAUCAUAACAUCUUUCUUCUUUUGAAUAUAACGGAGAUUAAGGGACGGACAAUUAGAAGAGUUAUGGGGGGGGGGGGAGAGUUUUCGAGCCGCAGGAAUUUUUUUACGUCAUCAAAUUCCUUGUAUGAAUUUUUUUUUCGCCCAUAGCGUGAAUAUUUUUUAGGAUUAAUUGGCGUGCAUGAAUUUUUUUUCAUGUAAUUUCCCCUUGCGCGAAUAUUGUUUUUGUACUUCGCCCCUGCCCCCCCCUAAGUUUUCUUAUGGUCCGUACCUAAAGAGAUAAGCCUUUCAUGUACCACGGUAUAUUGUAUCGUGAUUCCCUUAUUUUCCAAAGCAAAUCUGUUGUCCAUAAAACAUUCUAUAUGAACUUUAUUCAUUUCCAAAUAUGAUAGCGCAAAGCACUAACUGAAGACACAACUCUUGAUUCAACAGAAAAUUAUAAGUGGUUUCUUCCGCAUAUUAUGUAACUGUUUUACAGUUCAAAUUUGAUUUCAGGUGAAUUUCUUUUUCACUUAGGUUGAUUCUCAAUUUCUUGCCUUUUUUCUGUGUUUUUAGGAAUGCAAGGUCAUUUAUGGACAGAAACCGUACGAAAUCCUGACCAAAUGUUCGCCAUGAUUUUCCCUCGCUUGCUAGCACUGGCCGAACGCGCAUGGCACAAAGCAUCCUGGGAAGAUAUUACCGACAGGAAAAAAAAAAACGAAAUGAUGAAAGCUGAUUGGGUUAAAUUUGCGGGUGCCCUGGGGAACAGAGAGCUGGUUCGACUGGAUAAGAUGGGCGUACAAUAUCGUGUUCCACCCCCAGGGGCCAGGUCAGAAGCAGGCUUAAUUAAAGGCGCUGUGUCCUGCAUGGCUUUCCAGUUAAUUUUUUUAAUAAUGCCAGCUACACGUCCUGAAUUGAGACCAUGGACAAACAUAAGAAAUUAUUUGUGAACGACAAAAUCAUAGCUUCGUGUCAAAUGGUCUGUCUCCCAAGCGUUACCUCCAACCAUACAAACAACAAAAAUGAACUUUGAUAUACUGUUAGGCUAACGAGUUUUCAAAAACCACAAUUGCAAUCCGUUUCCAUCUUCUUUAACUUUGUCCAGCAGAGCCUCAUUUUCUAUUUGCUGUGUUAUUUACAGUGGCGGACCCAGACCUUCAAAUAAGGGAGGGGGGGGGGGGUCCGGUCGUCCAAACCCUGAGAUAAGGGGGGCGGGCUCAAAAACAUUUUUUUCGACCCUUCGGGCCUCAGUUUGAUCUAAAACUAAAGGGGACUCCCUGGAUCCGCCACUGAUUUGUACCUUCUCUUAACGUUUUGAGCUGUCAUUUUUACGUUUUACUCAAUUUUGUGGCAAUUCCGCCACUGUAUGACGUCUCAGGAAUAAGACUUCCGUUUAAUUACAACAUCUAAAAAUAACUUAAGUGAAAUGCACCUCUCCCUACUAAUGCCCUAAGAUUCCCUCUCUGUUUCAUUAUUCUCCCCGUUUUUCUUUAUAUUGGUAGUGCUGAAGAUGGCAAGUUGAAGACCAUAGCUAUCUACCCAGGACUAACUGUUCAGUAUUCCGCUGAUGGCAUAACUUGGAAGGACGUUACCAGUGAUACAACAGUAAAAGGAAGGAUUAAAUUACGGACCAGGUACGUAGGACUGGCAAAAAGGUCUCUCAAAAUGCCAUUGGUGGGUGGACAGGGUACGUAAUGGGAAGAAGCAAUAGCCCAUUUGACAGUUACAGGUUAAAACCAGGCUGGAGUUAACCUUGUUUUGAUACAAACCUUCUUGCCUUAUUAUGUAAUUUAGUAUUUUUUAAGCUUAAUCUCUAUAAGAAUGGGAAAGAGGUUGUAUCAUUAAACAAGGUCAACCUCAGCCUGACUUUCACUCAAAGACUAAGUUACUAAGUCCACAGCUGUAAACUGGCCUAUUGUGUACCAAACUCAGCGUGACUGAACUCAUAUUCAGAUUCGAUAAUGUGCUUUCAGUUGCACCCAUCCGCUUUGAUUAAUCUUAAAUUUUGUUCAGGGCUUGGUUGCUCUUUGCCAUAUAAAUACAAGUUAAAAGCCCUGGGGACGAUGUUGAUAUAAAUAUGUUCCGCCCCUACAACAAAGGUUUCGCCCCUAGCAAAAAGGUUUCGACAGUUUUAAAGCUGCUUUUAUUGGGAAAUAAACAUCAAACAAAUGGUGACAAGUCUAAAACUAGGAAAUUGACAUGGACCAGAAUUUCUAGGUGAUAUUGGCUUGCAAAUUAGUCACGCCUAUGUUAAGAAAAUUCCAAACAGUAGGAGAGUAAACCACCUUUCUAAUGAAAACUUAACUCGUUUUUCCCUAAGUUAAGAUAAACGAGGUUUAUAAAAAGCAACCCUGACCUGCUUAGUCAAAUUUUUAGUCCGCAUGCCCCUUAACCAGUGGCAGAAUUAGAAUUUGAAAUUGAAUUAUUGUUAAUGAUACCCUGUUUUAUAUCAAUCUCGCAGGUCAGCGGAUGGGUCUCGUUAUAGCAGGCUUGUUGAGAUGGAAGUGGCCACCGCAAAGCCCACAGUGAAAGGCUGCUCACCCCACGUGAUGACGUCAAAUAUGACCAAACUCAUGGCUACUGUAGUAGUCAUUUUUCUGUCGAUUUUGCGAUAAUUUUGCUACAGUUUACAUUGAACCCUUUCCCCUCCAGCGAUUUACCAUGGAGAUGUUAAGAGUUUGCCUGAACAAUGCUCAGCACACUACUUGUACACACUCCGGGGCGACGAGCAUCUGUCCUCGAAAGCAUCUCUUUGUUAAUAAAUGCAUGAAGCACCGUCAGUACAAUUUUUGGCUGCGUUAAUCUACACGAAACUUAUAGGUCAUCUUUUUUAUCCUUCUCAGUGACUGGAACUAAUUCAAUUGUUUUUCAAAACGAUAAUUUUCUUUCUUAUGUGCACGUUUUUAGUAUUGGUUUGAUUUGAUAUAUCUUUGGAUUUAGAUACCACCUCAGCUUCUUUCUGUUGUGUUCUUUUGUUGUGAAUAUUCUUCUCUAUCUGAACUACUCCAAGGUUUUGAAUCUUCUUCUCUUGAAAUCGCGCGCUGCAAGAAUUUCUUCCAUGGCGUAAAGUGGUUUGUUAUUCUGUUUUCCGUUACUUUAGGUUCGAUCUGCACUUAGCCUGUUCCAAGCGUUCAGAUAGUGGAGAUAGUGGAGAGCGGUGCGAAGUAAAGAAAGCGAUGAAAAGUAGAGGGGGACUGGGGAGAGGCCCUCUCUCACCUCUCCUCCUCCCUUGCUUUUAUUUUUUCGCGCUCCUUUUUAGUUCGCACCGCUCCCCACCAUCUGAACGCCUGGAACAGGCUAAUCAGAAAUCUGCACUUUUUGGCCUUAACCUUUCACGUGGUAAGUCAACUAGCUGGGAGAUUGUUACUGUAUGU